AUGCUUGGCGAGGAUCUCCCCGCUUCCUUCGAGCGAAUGUCCUUGAAGAGCGCCAAAAGCACCGAAGCCGGUAAUAAUUUUCACAUUUUUCUUCGAAAAAAAGUGUCGCCUCAAUUUUCCCUCCAUUAAAAAUAUCGCUCGGCCACCGGUGAUAAUGAAAAUCGGGUGACAGGAGAGAGAGAGAAAUAGAUGAGAAAAAAUUUCCGAUUUAUCUUCCGAGCGUCAUUUGUUCUCUGUGUAUCUUCACAUGAUUGUUGUGUCAAAAACAGAAACAGACUAAAGUUCAGAGUGUUGAAAAAUGAUGUCAUUCCCGGAUAUUUGUAUGGUGGAAGUGCGCUCUGCCGGAAUCUUAAUAGGCCUUUGGGUUCGCAAACUUCUGACGUUAUAUCUGGAUUUCCGUUUAGAAUUAACACGGAAACCCCAGUGGAACCUUUCGUUUUCCCUCUCGUUUGUUAGGGGAAGAAGAUCGAAAAAGAGUUGGACUCUUAUCAAUCUCUUUCUGACUCAUUUUUACAUUCCUCUGCUCAAUAAGGUCUUCGUCGAGGGAGUUUCAGAAAAGGAGAGGUCGCAGAGAAGCGAAAGCGCAGAGCAGCUGUCUUCUCCUCUUCAAAUGACGUGCGCCAGCGCCUCAGUGCCAUCAUCAGCAUUUUCAGUCAGCGACUGCGAUGUUCAGUUUUCUUUCAAUAAGGAAGAGUAGGAUAUUUUGAAAGUCUUCGUGAGAUAAGACGGAAUUUCCAGAGAUUUUGAUGUUCUCUUGUUUUUCGGCAAUAUUUCUCUUUUUGCUAGGAUUGGCUGUUGGUGUCUAGAAAAAAGCUGUGUCCAGCGAAUAAAAUAUGGAAGUUCUCCGUUUUUUUUUUCAAGAUCUCUGUCCAUCAGAAGUGUUUUCCUGAUAGGCCUCCUCUUGCACUACUCGAAUCAGCCCUCCCAGUACUACCCAUUUGAGGGUCUGCGUUUCCGCGCAUUCCGACACUUUCUCGUUCCUCUCGCAACCAGACACCCUUUCCUUCGAUUCGAUUGGGCCCGCACAGAGAAAGACAGGAAAUGUGCGCGAAACGAAAGAAACACAGCCGAUCUCUCUGUCUGUGCGACCGCCGUUUCUAUUGUCGCCCAUUAUAUUUCUCCAGUUCGACAGUCGGCUAGAUUGCGGUCUGGGUCCCCCUGCGCCCGUGUGUGUGCUGGUGGGUAGGCUGGCCUCUGCUGAACUGUCUUUUCCAAUUUUUUCUGUGCCAAUCAAAUAAAAUCGCCGCGCUACAGUGACAAGGCGGGUGUUCCGUCCACGACUAAUUCGUUUUCCCUGUCUGCGUAUUAAUAUCGAUUGGUUUCUCUCUUUUUCUCUCUCUCUCUCUCCCUCUCUCUCUCUCUUUCUCCCCGCAGUAAACAAGAGGGGUAGUCUGGCAAAGAAAGGCGUGCUCGGCCCUGACAGGUGAAUGCUGAACUCUGUCUCUCGCCCACACGACACGCCAUUUGCACUUUCCGCGCGGAAUCCGCAUCGCUCUGCAAACCGCAAAAGACUGGUUUCCCUCUCGGCUUGUCCAUCUCUUUCUUUUCGAUGGCGCAACACGCAACACAUUCGAAACAGAGACCCGACCGACGAAAAGUGUACUUUGGAAGCGUACGAUCGGCGUCUCGUUCUGCUCGGAAGUGUUCGAUUGCCAAACAUGCUACGUUUUUUUGGUUUUCGGUUUUUUAAAGUAACUGUUGCCUGCUGCGUGCAAUAAUUACGCAAGUAACUCUAGACGUCAUCUGACCUGUUUGUGUCAUACUGUACGGGAUGUGAUAACACAGGAAGUAAACAGUCUUGUGACUGUUGUGGUGAAAGUACGAUUCUCUCUGUUUUAUGAGAAACGGCGGCUCCUGCACAGAUCUCUUCUACAGUAACUCUUCUGUCUUGAUUGAAUUGGCCGAGCAGUAGUGUUCAGUUAGACGACGUUCGUCCACUCAUUCGGCCACUUUGCUCUGUGUGUGGCAUUCGUUUUCGCCCGCCUUUUUCUCUUUUUUUCCCUUCGUGUCGCUAUUUGCCCUCUUCCUCUCCCAAAGAGACUCUUCUCCUCAUCUUCAUCAUCAUCAGCAUUUUUCUAUUUUUUUUAGUUUUCUUGCCGAUAUAUUUCCUCAAAAUUUCGAAUUUCAACUCGAAUCGUACAGUUCGUCCACUUUUCUGUUAUCAAUAUAGGCGAGAAGUCGGCAGAGUUUUACUGAUUACUCCAUUCGACAUUUGUUUGAACUUCUACUUAUGAGUGGCGAAAAACACUGAUAUCGAUUAGAAUUAGGGAAGACCUUCGCAGGUGAUUAGAGUGAUUGUGAAGGCCAUUUCGUGUAAGAUUCUGAAGCAUUCGCCAAUUUCUCUUCUUACAUGGUCUUAUCGAAAAACAGAGUGGCUUGAAUACUUAAUGUAGUCGUCUAGCCGGAUGCACUCUAGGCUUUCAUCAAUCACGAACUUCACAGGAUCAUCUUUCCAGUCGGUCUCCGUCCCCAUCAGAAGCCUCUUCUCUCGACUCCUUCCAUUCAUUGUCUCUGUCCCUUUCUCCGUCUGCGUGCCCACCUCUUCCCAUACUUUUUCUCUCCCUCGCUCUUCAUGUGUGGCGUUAAGACGAGUUUCCACUGGCACUGCCGUCCUCACACUCUUCUCUAUCUUGGUCUACGCGCCUGCGUCUCUGAACUCUCUCGUUCUCUAUCGCACACGUCCCUCCGAAUUAUCGAUUAGUCGCCGCCUCGGCCGUCUGAGAGACGACACGGCGCGCUGCGUAUCGAGGGAGAGAGAGAAAAGCGGAGGGAAAAGCCACGUAGCAACGUGUCUUUUCCCUUCGUCUUUCCUCAGUCUUGUUCUCAUCGAACGAAACGAAAUCGAUUGAUUUGCAGGUAGCGAGAAUCGAGACAAAAUGGCAUGUCUUCGAAAACUGAAGGAAGACAUUCAGGUGCUCGAGAAACUGUUUCCGAAGAAGCACGGGCGUUUUCAGGUAAACAAUGCAUCCAAGAACUCGAAAGAUUAUCAAAGUUUACAGAUUAUGAGCGCCUCGGUCGACGAGCUGUCAAUGAAGUUCAUAACCGCCGAUAACAAGGGAAUCAUGAUGACCGCCAACAUUCAGGAGAACUACCCCCGUCAGCCACCCAUUUGGUUCUCCGAGUCGGACGACGUUCCGGCCGUCGGAGCCGCUCUCCAGAGACUCACCGAGACGGAAGAGUCGACGAACAUCCUCCAUCAGGUGCACCGACUCGUACUGGAUCUCUGCUCGUUCUACGGAGUACAGACGCCGUGCGAACUGCCGCAGAUUGCGCCGCCAGAGCGAGAAGACGUUGACGAGGGACGAGGAAGCGACAUGAGCAGUGAGACGUCUUCGGAACCCAUCGAUGACGAUAUGGUCGCAGACGGAGUGGAAGACGAGGGCGAGGAGGAGGACGACGGCGAGGGAGACAUCGAGAUGGUCGAGAUGGCCGACGAGGAUCCAACAGCGCAGCAGGACGUCGGCGUGCCGAAAGAAGGACUCGAUAUGCUGGACAAGGUUUCUCGCGUCAAUCGUCAGCAGCAUCUGGACGGAAAAGUGCAAGGAUCGGUGACGGCCACCGACAGACUCAUGAAGGAGAUCCGCGACAUUUACCGCAGCGAGCACUACAAGAACGGAGUGUACUCGUUCGAAUUGGAAAAGGAAGAGAACCUGUAUCAGUGGUGGGUCAAGUUGCACAAAGUGGACCAGGACAGCCCGCUGUUCGACGACAUGAAGAAGCUGAAGACGGAGCAGCAGCAGGACCACGUGCUGUUCAGUUUCACGUUCAACGAGAAGUUCCCGUUCGAGCCGCCGUUCGUGCGCGUCGUCGCCCCGCACAUCAACCAGGGAUUCGUGCUCAGCGGCGGCGCCAUUUGCAUGGAGUUGCUCACGAAGCAGGGAUGGUCGUCGGCCUACUCGAUCGAGAGUUGCAUACUGCAGAUCGCCGCCACGCUCGUCAAGGGACGCGCUCGCAUUUCAUUCGAUCCGAAGGUGAGCAUUUUGAGGUUCCCCUCUGGAAUAUUACGUUUCUUUUUUUAGCACACGACUUCGUAUUCAUUGGCGCGCGCACAGCAAUCGUUCAAGAGUCUGCAGCAGAUUCACGCCAAGUCUGGAUGGUACACGCCGCCGAAGACGGAGGGAUAG